AUGAUUCAACUUAAGACGAUAUUAAAUGUAAUAGACAAUUCUGGUGCUAUUCUUGCAGAGUGUAUUCGUGUGGCUCAUGGUGGACGGUAUGGUCGUAUAGGCGAUGCAAUCACGGUAGUAAUUAAAAAAGCUCAUCCAAUCUCACAAGUCGCAGAAAAAACCUCUGGUGGAUCAGCUGCAAAUCUCUCCACAAAACUUUCAAUUCGUAAAGGUGAAGUUAAAAAGGCACUCAUUGUACGCACUCGUAAAGAAACAAGAAGACCUGAUGGAAGAUAUAUUAGAUUUGAUGAUAAUGCUUGCAUACUUUUGAAUAAUCGUCAAGAACCUUUGGCUACUAGAGUACUUGGUGUUGUAGGAAAUGAGUUAAGGGAUAGUAUUAUUGAUAUGAGAGUGCAUGAUGGAACAGAAUACGUGAUGGUCUCAUAUCAAGAUGCAACUAAACUACCUGAUUGGCAUCCGAUUAGCAGAUUGCGCAACGCUGAAGGCUUGAUAAAGGAAUAUAAAAUCAAGGCGAGCCAAGCUGAGCAACGUCAAGUAAAAAGAAAAGCGCGUGAGGGAAAAUUGCAAAAGAUAAGUGGACAGAUUAAAUCUCAACAAGAUUGCGUUAAAGAAGCCAAGGACAUUAAUGUUAUUUGUAAAAACAAAAAGCAUGACAAUUCUCAGAGAUCGACUGAAUCGGUAAAGAAUCAGAAAACUGCAAAUUUUCAUCCUGCCCUAGGCAGGAAUUAUAAAUCUGAUGGCGAAAUGACAGACGUUGAGUGUGUGUUUGAACAAAGCGACAAACUUUUAAUAGGAAUUGGGGAGUGCUUAUCUGGGAAACCUGUAUCAAACGUAAAAAUUAAAUGUGCUUUGAAAAAUGAGUGUGUAUCUAAAGAUGGUCUUGGGAAUACAGUAUUUGUUAAGCGUGCUGGUAAAAGAAAAACAAAAACCUGUAAAAAAACACUUAGACCAAUUGUGGUUUUGAAUGAUGGCAUGGAAUCUUCAAUUAGUGAAAUGUCAUCUGACGAGGAUUCCACCAUUGAUUUUAGUCAUUCAAAUACGCCACUUAUUCAUAGAAAAUAUAGGGAAGGUUCAAAAAGAUUAAAGUCGAUGGAGCAUUCUGAGAAAAUAUCU